CUCACCAAACAAUUCAUCUCUGCAUUGUCUGAGCAUUCUCAAAAACAUUUCCUUUUUGACUCUCUUCCAAAACCUCAAAAACAAACAGACAAAUCUCAACAACCUAAGCCGCAUACAUACCAAAAAAAUGGCUCCUGAAAUUGUUAGUAGUGCAGUGCCCAAUGGUCUUGCUAAGGCCGCUAGUCUGCCUAGCCGUGCCUAUGUGACUUUCCUGGCAGGCAACGGUGACUACGUAAAGGGCGUGGUUGGAUUGGCCAAAGGGUUGAGGAAGGUGAAAACUGCCUACCCUUUAGUGGUUGCAGUUUUGCCGGACGUCCCUGAGGAGCACCGCCGCAUACUGGUGAACCAGGGCUGUAUAGUCCGGGAGAUUGAGCCGGUUUAUCCUCCUGAAAACCAGACUCAAUUUGCCAUGGCCUACUACGUCAUCAAUUACUCCAAGCUUCGCAUUUGGGAGUUUGUGGAGUAUAGCAAGAUGAUAUAUUUGGACGGAGAUAUCCAAGUGUACGAGAACAUAGAUCACCUGUUUGACUUGCCAGAUGGGUACUUUUAUGCUGUAAAGGACUGCUUCUGUGAGAAGACUUGGAGCCACACCCCCCAAUACAAGAUUGGCUACUGCCAGCAAUGCCCUGAUAAGGUGCAGUGGCCUGAGGAGUUGGGUCCUAAGCCCCCUCUUUACUUUAACGCUGGCAUGUUUGUUUAUGAGCCUAGUCUUCCCACUUAUGAUGAUCUCUUAAGGACCCUCGAGAUCACCCCUCCUACCCCAUUUGCCGAGCAGGACUUCUUGAACAUGUUCUUUAGGGAUGUAUACAGGCCAAUUCCACCGAUCUACAACUUGGUUUUGGCCAUGUUAUGGAGACAUCCGGAGAAUGUUGAGUUGGAAAAAGUAAAGGUCGUACAUUACUGCGCUGCUGGAUCAAAGCCUUGGAGGUACACUGGCCAGGAGCAAAACAUGGACAGAGAAGAUAUCAAAAUGCUUGUCAAGAAAUGGUGGGAUAUUUACGACGACGAGACAUUGGACUACAAGAGAUCAUUAACUUCAAGCAUCGGCACAGCAGCAGCAACUGGCAUUGAAGCUGAAGCUCAGACACUCAAGUCUAGACCUGUUCGCUACAUUGCUGCACCAUCUGCCGCUUGAUCACAAACAGCUUAUUAUUAUGGGAUUAUUCCUAGCAAUCUAUUAAUGUAUAUAGGUAUUGAGGGAUACAAAGAUCUGUUACUAUGUUAAUGGUCUCCUUUAAACUCUUGAAAGGAAGACUUCCGUAGGAUCCAGGAGAUUCUGCUGAGUUCUUGAUGUAAGUUUGUUAUGUAAAAACUCGACGAUAUAUUUGAUGAACAGCUUUUCGAGUUUCAGA